CCAGAGGGCGCUCAGUCACCGGCAGGUCACACACUUCCGGUUUGUUCAGUCGACUAUGGCAGCGACAUUGAAGCCAUAUCUUACAGCGGUUAAGCAUACGCUUACCGCUGCAAUGUGCCUGCAGAACUUUGAUUCACAAAUAGUGGAACGACAUAAUAAACCCGAAGUUGAAGUAAAAAGCAGUAAAGAGUUGCUCUUAGUACCUGUAGUUAUUAGCAGGAAUGAAAGGGAACGAGUUUUAAUAGAGGGGUCCAUUAACUCACUACGAGUUAGUAUAGCAGUGAAACAGGCUGAUGAAAUUGAGAAAAUCUUGUGUCACAAGUUCAUGAGGUUUAUGAUGAUGAGAGCAGAAAACUUUAUUAUCCUCAGGAGAAAACCAGUAGAAGGCUAUGACAUCAGUUUCCUCAUCACCAACUUCCACGCAGAGCAGAUGUACAAACACAAGUUGGUGGACUUCAUCAUCCACUUCAUGGAGGAAAUAGACAAGGAAAUUAAUGAAAUGAAACUAGCUGUCAACUCAAGGGCACGACUUAGUGCAGAAGAAUUCUUGAAAAGGUUUUAGGCAUCACAUCUCCACAGCGUGCUGGUAAAAUGUCCAUAUUCAGAACAUGCAAUGGAUGACGGGACUUCUGGUCCCACUUUGAAAUGGAGGAACAUGCAACUAGCCUUUGGCCAGCGCAGUCUUUGUGACAUGUCUUCAUGGACGGUCACAAGUGUUGUAAAUAUGUAUGCAUUGUAACGGCUAUGUUUGAAUACAGAGAAUCGGUGGGACAGAGACGUAUUCUGAACAACGUGCCUGGGGAAUGCUAUAAACCCGCUUAAUCAUACUCUGAGAAUACGGAAGGGAGUAUGGCCUAGAACGUAAUAUGCGUAAAUAUAAAUUGAAGUACAUGUUAGAGUUCAAUAUUGACAGUUAUAGGAGGAAUGUAUUAUUACAAACCUUGAUUUAUUUGAUGAGGUUGUUCCUGAUUGGUAAAAAGUUACGUGAUGGAAGUCGAGGCGUUGAGUUUGUUGUGUGUGGCUACCGUAUUCGACGUAUUAAGAGCACCGGGCCUGUAAGAAAUUUUCAAGUGUGAUUGCUUAUCAAGGACUUCCCAUUCCAUUUUGUUUUCACUAGAUUAAUCUUCUGAAUCAAUUAUUAUUCGUCUAAUAUAAAAGAACAUAUCUAGGUGUUAUGUUAAUUGGAGGCUUGGAGUUUUGUUUUCAAAACUUGUUGAAAGUACUCAUUCAAUCAUGGUGCUUAAAGGCCACAACAUCGACGGUUCUGGGUGUUUUUUAAUCAUGCAUGAAAUUUCCGUGUGAAACUCAAAAAGUAGAUUACAAUGUAAAAGCCUGUUGUUAAGAAAGCAUGGGGUAUUCACUGGAAAGAAGUGCUUCCUGACCAGCUAAUGAGCCUACACCCAUAGUGUGGUCGAUGGAGCAGAAACUUCUCUCGCAGCGUAAGCUUGGCAGUUAUCGGUAUUGUUUGCAAACAAUGCUUCAGAACGGUCGACGUCCUGGCACUUUAAUGCAUCAAAUACGGUACAACAUUAACCCAAUAUUGUGAAGGACGCUAUAGAAAUUGUGGGUGAACAUUCAUUGUGAUUAAUUAUGACUUAAGUUUCAUUUUUCUUUAAAAACAGGCCAGUUCAAGUAUUUUCGUUUGCAAAGAUUCAAGCUCUGUAUUUACACUAUUUUGUCAUAUCAUGGUUUUCUUAUAUUUCUGUUCAGAAUUGUCGAUGUCCACAUAGUAAUUUUACCUUGUGCUAAGUCAUCAUCAGAUAAACAAGGUUCUGUGUUGAGCCCAGUAUCAUCCUCGAUAAUACAGGGUAAUUUAUCUCCAUUCCACUCCGAUAAGUAUGCAGGAUUUAUUCACCACCAUAGCUUUGUUUUGAGUCCAUAAUGAAUGACAUGAUGCUAAAAAAUAGCUGGCCAAUCAAAUUAUGAAGACUUUUCAUUAGAGAUAAGUGGCAAUACCACAGUACUCGACUCGAUAGCUAAGUCUCAAAUACAACUUGGAACUAGUAGCACAAGGACCUCUGCCCUCACUUUAUAUAUUUCAAAAUUUUUUUGUCUUGUUAAAAGUACAUACACGAAACCUUCUGAUUUGAGUAACGAUAUGAGCAUGCUCCUACGAGGCCUGUAAUUUAAAUGUGGAUCUAUGUCAAGCUCUUGGUCGGAGGAAUCAUGUAGACUGGGUGUAGAUUUCAAACUCUGUUCAGUGAAAAGAGAGAUGGAGACAAAAUGAAACAUUGACAAGGAAUAGGUCCAGGAUCUGUAUCAUAUUAUACUACUAUAACAGUUAAGGAUCACCAGACUCUUUCAUAGUACUGUUGUUAAUCGGGUUGUCCUUAACUUUUUUGAGUGGUAUAGAAUGGAGAUAUAAUACACUGGAAAGUCAAAGAUGUAGUGAACAUGGUGAUAGUAAAUUGUUUCACCUUCGAAGUGAUGGAUCGCGGUACCAAAUGCACUCUUUCCUUAUAUUUUGUUCAGAUUUAUUUUUCUACAAUACCAAAUGAAUCUUGAUUUUCAAAUUAUUACUAAUAUUCAUAUAUUUAUUCCACACAUAGAUUUGAAAGUGCUUGAUUUGUAGUUUAGGAUGAUUUUUCAGUUUCUUUCAUAUUGUGUAAUCACUCUUUGUGGCAUUGAAUAGAUUGAACGGGUAACCUGUUGUCUGCAGCUGUUUGUGACCUUGUUUGUCAUUAGGAGAUUAAUUUUAGCGCUAAUUAAAUUGGCAUUAUGAAACUAAACCGUCUUCUUCAGAAAAAUAUUCGUGAUUUUCCUUCGAAUGUUUGAGCAUGUUGAGUACUUCCGUCAGUUUGAAAGAUAGUGCAUUUGGUUAAACCCGGGGAUAGGUUGUCACUGGGAUGUUAACGGUAGUUGGAAUACAAUCAGAAAUGAGAAUUAGUUGUUUUGUUCGUAAAUUACAUAGACAUAAUUAGACUCUGUCUAACCAGACCUGACAAUGCCUAGUGACAUGGUGGAAAUUUAAUUUUGUCUCUGUAGUUCUUCUUUAAUUAUUAUUAUUAUUAUUAUUACUAUUAAAAUUGUUUUCACAUAAUUCUUUAUUAAUCUUUUGUAAUCACAUUGGACACAAAAAGUAGUUUUUGCUUAUUUUGUAGACACAGCAAGUCUCUUGGCUUUCCAACACAUUAAUGAUAUAUAUCUCCAUGCUAAACAAAUAUAUCUUGCAUUAACUGGUAAUGCCACGACUGGGACUUUGAGUUGCCAGUGAUCUAAGGUGGUAUCUUAAAUACAGUGUAUGAUUUGUAAAAUUGAUUUGAAUAUAAAACGUGUACAAAAGCUGUCACUUAAAUAAAUGAAUCCUUAUUAUUUA